GUGGCUCGUUUAGUUCGCUGACACAUUACCGUGCCAUUUAUUGCGCUGUUUAGCACCAUUAUCGAAUAAUUUGCGCCUUCAGUGGUACCCGACCGGCAAGAAUUAGAAUUUAUAACUAGAUAACCAGCUGCAAGUGCGAUUCGUCGUUAUGCUGCGAAUUUCAUCGACGAAGUUUUGCUUGGCGAGUGGAGUAAGAACCAUCCACACCUACAAACCACUUGCCUGCUCGGCAACCUCCGCCCCCUCCAAUACAACCGAACGCAACCAAAGCUACAUCCAUCACAUCGGCAAGAACCCCCUGGUCUAUCGAAACGUCGGUCAGCAUCUGCGGAUCGCAGCGGAAAAGUAUCCCAACAAUGAGGCACUGGUUUCCUGCCACGAGAACAAACGGCUUACGUUUUCCGAUGUGCUGGAAAAGGCCGAUCGGAUUGCGGCUUCUUUUUACGAGCUGGGCCUAAAGAAGGGAGACCGGGUCGGAAUUUGGGCUCCAAAUGGGACGCAGUUCUAUUUGUCUUCGCUGGCCGCGGCUAGGGCCGGAAUGAUUUCGGUCUUGAUCAAUCCGGCCUAUCAAGUACCUGAAAUUGAAUACGCCAUCAACAAAGUUGGAGUUAAGGCCAUCAUUGCCAAUGAGAACUACAGAACCCAGCAGUACUACAACAUGUUAGCGCAGCUGGCUCCGGAAUUGGCACAGUGUAAACCUAGCGAACUCAACAGCUCCAAACUGCCAUCACUUAAGACUGUUAUUAUCGACAGUGAACUGAAUAACAAGCUCCCAGGUGCCGUCGCUUUCAAAGACCUUUUCAAACUAUCACCUCAAUCGGAGGUUUCCAAGAUUGAGGCACUGCAAUCGAAAAUCCCUCCGGACAGUGGCGUCAAUAUCCAGUUCACAUCCGGUACUACGGGGCAACCGAAGGCGGCCUUUAUGUCCCACUACGGAUUCGUCAACAACGGAAUCCACAUUGGUCAUAGGAACGAGUUUGACCUGAAAGAUCAUCGAAUUUGUGUUCAAACGCCGUUUUUCCAUGUGUUUGGAAUCGUAAUAGGCAUCGUGGCAGCAAUGAGUUACGGAACAACACUGGUGGUCCCGGGACCCGGGUUUAAGGCGUCCGAAUCGCUGGAGACGAUCGUGAAGGAAAAAUGCUCAGUAAUCUACGGAACGCCAACCAUGUACGUGGACUUGGUACGAGCCGUCCGGGAGAGUGGCAUCAAAUUACCUCCGGUUGACCUAGCGGUGACGGGAGGAGCUGCCUGUUCACCGCAGCUGUUCAUAGACAUUCAGCAAACGCUGGGAGUGCGCCAGGUGAAAACCGUCUUCGGAAUGACGGAAGCCUCUGCUGUGCUAUUCCAAUCGCUGUUCAACGAAUCGAAGGAGAAUGUUCUGAAGACGGUUGGUCAUCUUACGGAUCACUACGAGGCAAAGGUCGUUGAUCAAGAUGGAAAUACAGUGCCGUUCGGGACAUCCGGAGAACUCUUGGUGAGGGGCUACGGAACCAUGCUAGGAUACUGGGGUGAUGAACAGAAGACCAAGGAAACGAUCGACGUGGACAAGUGGUUGAAGACCGGAGAUCAGUUCCAGCUGCGAGAGGACGGCUACGGAAAGAUUGUUGGCCGCAUCAAGGAGAUGGUGAUCAGAGGUGGAGAGAACAUUUAUCCGAAAGAGUUGGAAGACUUCCUAUGUACGCAUCCAAAGAUUUUGGAGACGCAUUGUGUCGGAGUUCCAGAUGAACGGAUGGGCGAAGAAAUAUGCGCUUAUGUGCGGCUAAAGGAUAUAACGAUGAGCUUGGAGCAUGCGGAGAUGAAGGCGUUUUGCAAAGGAAAGAUAGCUCAUUUCAAAAUUCCCAAGUAUUUGAGGAUUGUGGAUAGUUUCCCGAAAACCGUGUCGGGGAAAAUACAGAAAUUUAAGCAUGUAGAUUUGUUCAAGUCUGAAUCCGUCCAAACAGAUUAGUAAUAUAGUUAAGGUCUCCUA